CCUCCGCAGACUCUUCUAGUCAGCAUGACUCCUGGCGAUUCAGUCUGGCAUGCGAUGCCAUUACGCCAGCUGGUUUUGCCUCUUCUGACGCUUAGCUAUCUAGUGCCUUCGCCCAAGUACAUGUCUUGCGAGGCAUUGUCAGAUUCCCCUAAUCCUUUCAAUGGUGCUCCUCAUUCUCGAAAAUGGCUCAGUGAUUGGUUUGAAGGGCAAUAUGUGAAGAAUCCUGCAGCAAGCUCAGAUGAUUCUUCUGAAUUUAUGGGAAAUGCGGAAGAUAGUAGCUCUAAUCCAGCUCGACUUAACACCGGAAGAGUCGGGCACCGCUAUAAACACUCCCGAUAUAAGCAUCAUCGCCUGAAUGCACAACGAGGCCGAUUACUGUACGAGCCCGAUGCGGCGCUCAGAGCUCGCCAUCGCCGUUACCGUCACCGUCAAGUCGAAGUCCCUUCAGUGACCUCUGAAAUCAACGGCGCGGAUGGAAGCUUCUCGGGUGUCAGUGCGGAUCCGGAUUCUUCGGGUCGUUGCUGGAGCAUGGCUGAACGACGCUACUACCAAUCUUCGUACAGCAACAAGGCAGGCAUGUCAGAGGCUCUAGUGCAGCGUCUGCAGCACUACUCGACCCUUCAUGCAGCAUGCACGGCUCCCGUUGCCAACUGGCCGGCAUUCUUCAAUGACUCGUCCAAGGGCCUUCACGAGAACGCCACAGCCGCACACGUGGCAGGGUGCAAGUACUUUCUCUGGGUUGAGCCCAACUACAGUGGCCUGGGCAACCAGCUCCUAUCUCUCGUCUCCUCCUUCACAUACGCCCUCCUCACCAACCGCACUCUCAUCAUGAACCCUGAGUGCUUCCCCGCACGCCUUCUCUGCAACCCCUUCCCCUACUCCUCCUGGGCACCCCCCGCCCUUAACAAGGGCUCCUUCAAGUGAGCUCUCACAUUGCUUUCUGCUACGUGUCUGGUUCGUGCAUUUUGGCUCUUUCCUGCUCUGCAACCCCUUUCCCUACUCCUCCCCCUCAACAAGGGCUCCUUCAAAUGAGCUCUUGCAUUGCUUGCCACAAUGCUUCUGGUCGUAUCUUUUGGCCUUUCCCUAUUCCUCUGCAACCCUCUCCCUACUCCUCCUGGAGACCCCCCGCUCUCAACAAGGCCGCCUUCAAGUGAGCUCUCACAUUUCUUUUCCCUAUGCGUCUGCUUUGUGCAUUUUGGCCUUUCCGUUCUCUGCAACAACACCUUCGUAUGCUCCUCUUGGGCCACCCCCUCUCUCAACAAGGGCUCCUUCAACCACAUGAGGCUGAGAGCUGAGAAGCGGCGCAUUGGCUACAAUGCUUUCCAAGAACCGGGUGCACCUGCACCCAACACCACCGAUGAUGAUGCGGAUGCUGCGUUCAGCAAUCUCAAUUACUCAGUGAACGACACAGAUCUCGUCUUCUUUUGCUCGCAGGAGCAGGAGCGAAUCUCAGCCGUCCGAUUCCUGGCUCUGAUCACAGAGGAGUAUGUCCUGCCUGGCCUUUACCUCGUGCCGGAAUUCGAUCAAGAGCUGGAGCGGCUGUUCCCCGACCGCCUGCCUCUGAUGCACAUGGCGCGCUACCUGCUGCACCCCGCCAACUACCUCUGGGAGGAAAUCACCCGCGCCUUCCGAGCCUACCUCGCCCCGUACCAACACAGGGUUGGCAUCCAGAUCCGUGACUUCACCCCCAGCAACAGCAGUGAAGGCGAGGCCCUCUCCCGUGUGCUGCACUGUGCUGUCAACAUCACCCAUGGCCUUCCGCCUGUACUGCCUCACGACCAGUGGAGACUCUUAGCAGGCAAGCAGGGGACAGCAAACGCAAGUGACACUGACACGAGUGAUCUGGACUCAAUCCAGAAGGCUGCAGCAGCCGGCACUGUGCGCAGCGUUGGUGUGUUGGUGGCCUCUCUAAAGCGCUCCUAUAUAGAUGCAUUGCACGAGCUCUACACAGAAGGGUUACCACUCGAGGGUUACAACGUCGCAGUAACCAGCCUGAGCCAUGAGGGCGAGCAAAAGACGGGAGAUCUUCUGCAGCUGGAGAGGGCGCUCAAGGAGAUGUGGCUGCUAUCCAUGUGCGACCUGUUGCUAGUGAGUGACAGCUCCACCUUUGGCUACAUGGCAGCGGGGCUGGCAGGGGUGAGCCCUUUCUCCCUCAACAUCGUGCCACGUAUGAACUCUAACUGGCUACGCAAUGGCCGGCCGGCAUGUUCCAUCACAACCCCAGAGCCCUGCUAUCUGACCCUGCUAGACAACAAGCAACAACAUGUACAGUGUCCAGGUAGUGUGCCAAGUUCUCCUCUCAAUAUAUCGUCUAAGCUUAAAUUGUGUCAUGGUUUCAAGUCGGGGGUCGUUCUCGAUGUUCCCAAGAAUGAAGUAUAUAUAUCUUUUCAUCACACAUAAUUUUGGAGAGUGUUAUCGGAGUAUGCUUUCCUUUGGU